CACGUCUGAACCUACGCCCCACGAUUCUAGAAUGACACCGGAAGAAUCAGGCUUGGACAACACUUCCUCUCGGACUUCAGUGAAUCUAUCCAGUAUUGUUACGACCGAAUCAUCCAGUGAUAAAGUUGCCACCAAUGAAACUUCAGCCCCUACCUCGAUUACACCUCCAGAGGUAAUCACCACAAGCAACGACGCUUAUUUUGAAAAAGACAAGGCUAAAUUACCGGCUCCAAGUUCAGAACUGCCCGUAGUCAUUCAAAAAAUUUCACCACCCUUGAUCACGACUCGUCCGAUUGUUUCGAACUCGACGCCCGAGCCUCCCUCACUCUCUUCUCCGAAGAGGAGCACCGAGAUUCGAAUCGCUAAUGACGAGAUGGACGCCGUCGAUGGUUUCUACGUAAUUUAUCCGAAUUCCCCUAUCCUAAGAGGGAUCUAUUCCGUUGAAAUAACGUACGAAGCCAAGGUCGACGGCCAGGCUAUUUUCAAUAACACUUACGACCUUGAGGACCAGAAGAGAUGGAUACUGGCGACCAAAUUGAAACCGUUUGACACUGGUACGCUCUUUCCUGGAUUCGAAGACCCGGUAGACAAGGCUAGAUUUUCCCUGUCAAUAGCGAGGCCUACGACUUUUCACACUCUGACCAAUAUGCCUCUGAUAUCAUCAAGCGCCAUUUCCAACGUGUUGGCGAUGGACCAUUUUCAAACGACACCUCCACUCUCUUCGCAUAGCCUGGCAUUCGCUAUCACCGAUUUGCAACCGAUAGUGGAACCAACUCUUCAGAACUUGGAAAUACCUCUAACUUUGUGGAUCCGAAGCAGAGAAGUUGGUCAGACUCUUUUCGUCUUCGAGACGAUGGGGAGAGUCGUGCAAAGCCUGAGGCAUUUCUUCUCAGUCCCGUAUCCACUACCUAAAUUGGACAUUGCUGCUCUACCUGGAUUUGAUGGUGACGGCACAAGCAGCCCCGGACUAAUUUUCAUCAGGGAAUCGAUGCUGUCAUUGGACCGAGAAUCUUCUGCAAUUGCGAAGGAGUUCGAGGUUCAGAACCUGAUUAGAUUGAUCGGCGAACAAUGGCUUGGAGGGUUGGUCAGCACCCAGACUCGAAUGGAAGCUUGGUUUCUCGAGGGCUCAUUAUUCUACUUACAAUACUUACUGGCUGAUAAGACAGAUCCGAGCCUCGAUUCCUUCAAUUCAAUCGGCAUCCUUCAGCACAGCGCGUUUGAGGCUGAUGCCUACGACGUGUCGAGGUCUAUGAGGUCCAAGCUCAAGUUUACAGCUUUGAAAAACAUUUACGAAAAGGGUGCAUGUCUGAUUCGCAUGUUGAAUUACGUGAUAUCUGACUCGGGAUUUAGGAACGGCUACAAAACGUUCCUGACUAGGUGGGCGAACGCGAAUGGCGAUGUCUCCGAUUUCCUUGCCUCUAUGUCGAAAGAAGCUCAAUGGCUUCCGGAUGGCGUAUCCUUAGCCCAGGUUUUUGCGUCCUGGAUUGACCAGGGCGGUUUUCCGGUCGUCACUGUCACCAGGAAUUACGAAAGUGCUUCUGCAACCGUGCGGCAAGAGCAAUUUGCUUUCGAUAACGAAACAAUAACAAAUCGCAAGUUGUGGCACGUUCCUGUUACUUACAUCGUCGAUGGAGAGAACUGGUCGUCACCGUCAAGAACGUGGAUGAGCCAGGAAGAGGCAACUUUGAUCGGGCUCGGGAAUCACGGUGAAAAAAAGUGGCUUUUACUGAACGUUAAUCAAACCGGCUACUAUCGGGUUAAUUACGACUUGGAUAAUUGGAGCCUGUUGGCGUCGGCCCUCGACUCGAAAUUCGAUAAAUUUCCGGUAACAACGAGAACUUCGUUAGUCGACGAUGCUCUUAGCUUGGCUUGGGCCGGCCGCUUGGCGUAUCCUGCAGCUUUGAACUUAAUUCAGUUCCUUCACAAGCGGGAGACACACCACUCACCAUGGACGGUCGCUUUUCAGAAUAUGGAAAGGCUCAACUACCUUUUACAGAAUACUGCUGCAUAUCCGAGCUUUCAGAAGUUCAUGGUGAAAUUCGUAUCACCUCUCUUCAAAAACGUAACAGCAUCCAGCGCUGAAACGCAGCUCAAAUUGAUUGCUAUCAAAUGGGCAUGUCUAGUCGAUAAUCCAGAGUGUCAGAGCUAUAUGAAAAAACUUUCCAACGUGCCUAAUUACCUCGAAAAAACUCACCAAUGCACCCUGGCGAGAUUCGGCGGAAAGCUGGAAUGGGAUUUUCUACUCUCGAAAAUCUCUGUCGCUUCGAAUAGAGAAACAAAAUUGAAACUCUUAUCAGCUUUGCCGUGCUUUCAGGUGGAAUGGAUCCUUCAACUACUUUUGAGCGACAUAAUGACCGAAGGGAGAAUCGACGAACAUGAAACUCUGGAAUUACUUCGCAGCUUUCGUCAAAAUCCAAUGGCUUCUCGAUCGGCAUUCAAAUUUCUCCGAAGAUACUGGAAUGAGAUUUUCCAAAGGUUUUCAAAAUCGUAUCCAAUCCUGAAAGCGUUCGUCGAAGCAUCUGCUAGCGGUAUUAUCGAUGAACAAGAUAUCAAAGACUUUCAGAUUUUCAAAGAGAAACACUUUGACAGUUUGAAGUUCUUGGGACACACUAUAGGAGUUGCUGAGGCCGAAGCUAGGUCAAGGAAUUUAUGGCUCAAGGAGAAUCUGAUCGCGGUUCAACGGUGGCUGGACGAUUAUAUCAGACCAACGAUAUAGUGAUCACAGAAUCUGAAGAAGCUCAAAGAACAAGUUGAUUAGUUAAUUGCAAUAUGCAGUAAAACACAUACUUGCAAUUAAAUAUUAACUGACAACGUGUUUACUCGCGUAAUUUUCAACACUCGUUAAGGAAGUGCAGCGCAGGGAAGUUGCGUGGAUAGUGAAGUUCUUGGAUUUUGAAAUAACGAAGAAAUGUCGAUUUGGUUACAGAAAAUUAUAUCGUUCAAAUUCGGAUGGAUUUCCUUAUUGGCUGCGUCAUUAUCGAAAAUUUAUCUUCAAAAAUUAGGUAUGUCGUGAAAUUUUGUAUGUAUGGAAAAGUUGGCUUGAUGUUGAGUGAAAUCUUGUUUGAUCUUCAUUAUUAUUACGAUCUCGGUACGUGUAUUUACAAUAAUAUAAAUCUUAGGAUAAUGGCUUUUGAUACUUUAUCGUCGUCAUAGAAAUGGAUAUCUGACGAUUGGACAUGAUAAACUUGUUUCUUGUUUCUGUCGAAAUGCUUGAAUUUUACAACGCGACAACCGAUGAGGGUCGGAGUGAUUUGAUUCAAAAAAAAUUUCGAUACGAAAAAAUUCAUAACGAACAUUUCUUACCUUCAAUGUAUAAUAAUUGGAACGGAUUUGGCAUUUCUAGACUAGCUGCCACUUUUGAAAAAAAAUGAAACGGGUUUCGGUAUUACCGUUCGUUUCUGAUCAUAAUUAUAGAUUAAUUAAAAAGGAAAAAGAACAUCGCUUCUUUCGAAACGAAACUUUCAGUAGGUUUUAGAAGUACUGGGUAAAAUCAGUCCGUACAUUUUUUUGAACAGAAUAAUAUUUCUUUCUGUCAAACCAAUUGUCUUUUAUGCAUUUUCACUUUUAUCGCAAUUGUUAAGAUUGGAGACAACACAUAAUAAUGCAAUAGCAACAUAUUUACGAAAAUAUGUGAAGGCGAAUGCCUUUAUUACUAAGAAUGAUGAGUCGAGAGAGUUUGGAAAAAAAAAACACGAACUUUAUAAUAAAUAGAGUAUAAAUUAUUGUGUACAUUUCAAUAUGUAAUUCCGUGGUAAUCGAUGUGAUAUUCUAUGCAAUGUUCGGAAAGCAUAUUACGUGUAAGAUAGAAAACCAAUAAUCUGUUGAUAAUCUUACUCUGUGUGUUAAAUUACUACUUAAGAUUCGAUAAUUGUGCGAAUAACGUAAGUUCAACGGAAUAAACUAUCGUUGUCAAAUUCAUUAUGCGUAAUAUAUUUCGAAAACAAAUCUGAAAUGUAAUCAAUUAUCUUAGGAAUAAAAUUGGUUCGAUUGA